AUGAUAUCGGUUUGCUGGGCCGGAGAGAACCUCGCGACGUUCAUCAAGACUUUGAAGUUCUUGGAGCUAUUCGCGUCGAACAUGCUGGCCAUCACCAACCUGGCCAUCUGCGUCAACCUCUCCCUCAUCGUCAUGUCUCGUCGACCGCAAUCUCACGUCAAAAGCAUCAGCACGCACAAGCUAGUGCUCCUGUUCCUAGCCCUCUCGGCGGGACUCGCCGCCAUCGCCGUGCCGUUCUGGGGUUUAACGGUGCUGUCCGGCACUGGGUUUUGGGAGUUGGGCGAGAACAAGCGAGAUCACGAGUUCGUCAUGAUCUCCACCUUCAUGGUCGAGUUCCUCGUCGGGAUCUGCAUGUUCGUCAUUGUGUCCUGGCUGCUGUUGUUCCGGAUGACGGAGAUCAAGGAGUGCUGGAUGAUGCACGCCUGCCUCCGCUACUACUUCGGCCUGACUCUGCUCGGAACCGUCGGAAACUUGACCCUCGGCGUGUGCGGCACGAUCUACGUCAUCAGCGAUAUGGCAUGGCCGUUGCUCAUGAUCUUCAGCUGGGGGUUUCGCCAAGUCCGCAUCGCUCUGGACACGAUCGUCCUGCACAGCGUGCUGGCGACGAAGAGCGUCGACGAGCGCGCCGAGACGCCCCCUACCGAUGGCGCCUCCCCCGCCCCCCCUCCCGCGAGUUCUCGAGGGUCUCGGCGGCUCGGAGGGGCCCACCGCCGAUGACGGUGUCGUUUCGGGCAGACGGUGUCGUUUCGGGCAGACGGUGUCGUUUCGGGCAGACAGUGUCGUUUCGGGCACACGGCGUCGUUUCGGGCAGGGGUUCCUUCCCUCCCUCCCUCCGAGAGCGACCGGAAGACGUGUCAUACGUUGUCGAUCAAUCGGGGCUUGAGGGCGAUGGCCGGGGUCAAGCGUGUCAAGCCUCGAGACCCAAAGCCGCGACAUUCGCUCGACAAGAAGCGUGCCGGUUCGUCCUCGUUCUCGUUCGGGAGAACCUCCCGACGAGCCACCGUGUGGCUAUGGGGCUGAUCUGGACGGCUUGGGGUCUCUUUUUUGGUCUGGUAAACGGCGAGAGGGAAAGAAAGGUUCCUGAUUGGCUGGGAUUGGUGACGGGAGUUUUGAAGGAACUGGAUCUACUGUGAGGUGGAUUUUUUUCUAUUGUUGGAUUUUUUUUUUUUGUCCCAUCGUGCUCGUGCUUACGAACACGUGGUUUUCUCUAAAAGACGGCGGUCUUUACGGAGUGAGUGUUGAAUGCGAUCGACGUUGGUUGCAUACCGUGUCGUGUGCGCCGAAGCAUUUGUUCCGUGCGAAUACCUGACUGACUCAUGCGACAAGGUUUUGGCGGUUUUGGAUGUUUUCGAAGUCAUGGCCGGGAAAAAUCUUGUUCUGGGGGUGGGCGACCUGGCUUGUACUGCGGUGCCUACCGUCGAUGCAUUGCCGUGAGGAGUGUACACCGGGAACCCCCCAACAUGUUUGAGUCUGGAGGUAUACAUGUAGACUAGUCCAGAGGGUAGCUCUAGACUUGACGCACCUGGUUUGCCACGGCGAGCGAGGUGCUUAGAUCGUAGCUGCAGAAGCCUUGUAAAUUAGCACCUUUGUUAGGGGGGCAUGCUGCGGGUUGUUGAUAGAUUGGAUCACCUCAGGCAGAGAGAUGUAUAUAUAUAUUUACCUCGUACCAGGAGAUGAAGAGCGUGAGCGCCUAGAACAGCCGAGAAGGUUUAUCUUGACUUUUGUGAGUCGACAGUUUUUCGGCCGCACCUAUUCGAUCGAUUUCAAUAAAGGCACCGUCGUUUUCAUUUGACUCCAACGUCUGUCGGAGCUGUGACUAUAGGGCCGGUAGUAUUGUUCUGGGGGGUCAGUGGGUUGAAGCUUGAGGUGGUCGGACACCCCGCACAGGGUCGGACCCUUGCUAUACAAAAUUGAUUUCCCGGCGAGCAUAUAGUUGUUUGGUGGCCGCUGUAGGAGCAUUGUUCACACGUGAUGACUGCUGAAGUUGUUCCACCGAAAGCCUAGCAAAAUGGCGUUUUAUUUCAUUUGCGCUCUUCGCCCUUUUAAUUUUCGAUUAGGCGUGCGUGGUUGCUGUUGAUGGGUCACGCUUUGGUGCAGGGUUGCGCAUGCUUUCGUGGGAGGGAUCAGAGUGUAGAGAUUAUAGACGGUACAUGAUUUAUUUGUGCCUGGGUUUACGCGGGAGGUUCAACUCUUGAAGAUAUAUAUACUCUGUAUUGAAUACGUAAGUCUGAAGCAGCCCGCUCACGGUGGAGGAUCUCCCUGUGCUUGAGUUUGCCAAAGGCCGAGGCAAGGGCGAGCAUGAACUGUUGCUCGAAAAGUGAGGAAGGCGUUGUUUUGGGUAGGUGUCACCGCGAUCAGGGAUUUGCGAGCUAGUGGGGUUGGUGUGUUUGCUUCGCGUGGCUUGGAGUCGUCGGCAGGGUUUCCCUUUCCCUUCACUAUCGAUCUUCCUCUGCAUCAGACAAACUUUUUUUGCUCCUUUCUUGUUAUAUUUCCAUGUUUGUUUGCUCCAUUGAGGUAGGUAAACUACAGUGGUAGCGCUAUACGUGUCUCCUGCUUUGCGUGAGAGAACAUCCCCCCUAUUGUCUACUGUUGAUUCCUGCUGUUGUUUUUUUUAUGUUUGCUCCUUGGCGGCAUGUAGACCACCGUACGUAGCGUUUUUACGUGCCCCCUACUUGGUAGGAGAGAACCCUCUUCCCUGGUAUACUAUUACUGAAAACUCAUACGAUCUGUUAGCGCCUUUUCGGUGUGUAGACUACGGUAAGUAGCACUCCGUGUGUGUUUCCCCUGCUUUGCGUGAGUGAGAGGAACUCUCUUCUCUGCUCCUUUCUUCGAUGUUCUUUACAUGUACAAUAAAUUGCUGCUUUCCGGAAGUAUGUAGGCUAGCACCUACGUGUCUCAUUGUAACGCCGGCAGCGGGGGACAACGUCCGACCUACUACUGUACGCGUCUGUGUCGAGUCCUUCCGUUCUGGUGAUUCCGUAUCUACCCCCGCGCUGCCACGGGUAGGUGUUGCGUGGGUCGAACAAUUAUUCUGAAGCUUGCAUGUACGUGUUUUCUUGUUGGCAACCGGCGGCCUCUCUCGGGUUCGGCGGAAGCUUUAGACUACUACGCCAACGUUGUUGUUUUCGUAAAGGCGGAAUAGUGUUGUUAUUGUGGAGGCUGACACCCAGGAUAUGUG